CAAAUUUCUAACCUACAAACACUAUCAAGUUAAAGAACUUCUCGUUUUUAAAAAGUAAUGAUGAAAAGAAUUUGUUCACCAUGGUGGCUGUUCUUAUUGCAUUAAAGGCGGCAGUUGCAUACACGUUUUACAUCAGUGUUAAAACAGGGCAGUUUAUUGUCACAAGUUUAGCCUUUCUUCUGACGACUGCUGGAUCCUUCCUCAGUAGAUUAUAUUUUUUGCUGUCUGUAAUUCUAGAAGACUUUACAAUAUUUCUACAAGAUGUGAUAUAUCGCCUUCAUGGUAUAACAGAAGGAAUUGUCUACAUUUUUGAAUGGGUGGCUGAAAAACUCAAAUAUUGUCAACAAGUAACUUAUGUUUUAAAGUGGCUUUGUGAGGCCUUCACCGUUCCACUCAAUGCAGUAUACGGUAUUGUGAAUACAGUUAAACAUGUGUUUGUUUUUCUGAAACACAUUGGUAUAUUGUUUGGGGAUGGAGUGUGGUUUAUUAUAGUCUUUAUACCAAAAACUGUAAUGUCCUUAGGGCCACUCACAUACUACUACUUAAAAAAUUUGUAUGUUAAUGUCUUAGAUAGCAUUUGUAGCAAUGUUACAGUAGUUUAUAAAUUUGUUUUACACUCGAUUUACAAUUGUUACACCUUUGUCACAGAUGUACCACUAGAAUCUCUGAUAGGUUUAAUAAUUGGACUAUGUUUCUUGUACAUUCUUCUCCAGUUCUAUUCUGUUUUAUUUCUGUACAUUAAAAACAAAGUAUCAUCAUUUUUUAUAGCUUCAAGACUGAAGUACAAUCAUGUAAAAAGGGUAACUAGACGUGUUUUGUCUCGGUAUACUUUAAGAUAUAGUUCUAAACAAAUAAUUGAAUGUAAACCAAGUACAAAUAAUGAUGAAAAAAAUGAGGGUUAUUGUGUAGUCUGUCAGGACAAUUCAAAAUGUGUUUUAGUCUUGCCUUGUAGACACCUAUGUUUAUGUGAUGAUUGUGCUCCAAGACUGAUGCGGUAUAGUGGGCAGUGUCCCAUUUGCAGAAAACGCAUUCGCUCCUCUAUGAAGGUUUAUACAUAAAGGAAAAUAAUCCAGUCAUGUUGAAAAAAUUUGUUUUGAAUGUUUUAGAGAAUAAAUUUUUUGUAUGUUUGGGAAA